GCGCUCCCCGAAAUAGACAUUUUCUUGUGUAAUGAAACCAUAUUUCUUGAUUCCACCCUCCAAAGUGGAAAGGAAAAAGAAAAAACAAAUUUCCCUCAGUGCAAACGCCUCCUGUGCUUCUGCUUUCUUUUUAGCAUCUGAAAAUUCAAAAUUAAGUCCAUAACACAUGAACUUGUAUUUGUGAUUUGUUGUACUUGUGUUUGUGUAACCGGACGGAGAGAUGGAACAGGACUCUCUGUUGCAAUGUUACCGUCGCGAUCGCCGGAGGCUCUUGGAGUUCUUGUUUUCUUCCGGUUUGAUAAAGGAAGUUCUGACACCGUCUGGCUCCACUCCUUCUCUCUCCGACGCGGACUUCGACACCCUCAGUGCCGAUUACAUCCUUCACUGCAUUAAAUCCGGUGGCAUCGUCGAUGUUUCUGAAGCCACUAAGAAGUACUAUGCGGAAUCUACUCAUCCAAUAAUGAUCCAUUCUAAAUUAGGGGAUUCGUAUUUUCUUACUUCUGAUCCAGAUUUGGCUGGAUCUCCUCCUCGACGAGUGCCUCCAACUAUCGUCAGCAGAACUAAUAAUCAUGCUUCAUCUUCAUCUAGUGAGCUUGAUUCUUCCAAGUUUAAGAAUGUUGAAAUGUCUGGGGAUGACUAUGGUUUGAAACACAAAGCAGAAACAGCAGUAGAAAGGGCACCUUUAGGGAAUUCUGGAAUUCCUUCUCUUGGGUUACCCCCCUUGAAAACAGGAUUGUCCGAUGAUGAUUUGCGGGAAUCAGCCUACGAGUUAUUGCUUGCAUCUAUGCUUUUCUCUGGGGUUGAAGUUUGUCCAGUUGAGGAUAGAAAGAAGGAUAAGAGUUCUAAAUUUUUGUCUAGAUUAAAGAGUAAAAGGGAAAAACCCCAUUUGCAACCUCAAUUGUCUGGGAGACAAUCAGAACUUAUUGAUACUAUCCGUGCACAGAUGCAGAUUUCAGAAGCAAUGGAUGGAUGCAUUCGGCGAAAUAUGGUACAUCUGGCUGCAAGAAGAACAUGUGGGCAAAUUGAUCUUCCUCAGAUCUCGUUAGAGCUCCUUAUUGGCAUUUUCAGAUCUGAUUUUCUUAAUGAAAAGUCUUAUAUCCAAUGGAAGAGUAGACAGGUGAAUAUGUUAGAAGAACUUCUCUACUUCUCUGCUAAACUUCCAGAAACUGAACGUUUAACCAUUAAAAGUUGUCUUGCAAAGAUUAGAGAUACAAAGGAAUGGGAUGUUGCAAUGUCUCCUUCUCAACGAGUCGAGGUUAUAUCAUUUAUUAGACAGGUGGCAUCAAAAGUUUCCUCUCAGCAGGGGCUGUUUGGUCUCCAAAAUGAAACCUAUUACUGGCAUGCUGUUUAUCAUUUGAACAUUAGACUUUAUGAGAAAUUACUUUAUGUCAUGUUCGACAUUCUUGAUGAAGGCCAACUCAUAGAGGAAGCUGAUGCAAUUCAGUCGCUUAUCAAACUGACAUGGUCCACUUUAGGCAUCACUCAGAAAAUGCAUAAUGCUUUAUAUGGGUGGGUCCUUCUUCAACAGUUUGCUGGCACAGAUGAAGGCACUCUGUUGGAGCAUGCUGUUUUCCCGUUGCAGAGAGUUGUAUCUGCUGAAGAAGAUGACUGGAAUGAAGGGCAAUAUAUGCAUAGUAUAAUAUGUUUGAAGAAAUGCAAUGGCAGUGAAACAAACCUAAAUCUGGUGCAGGCUAUUUUCCUGUCCAUAGGCACUUGGUGUGAUAGUAGACUACAAGACUAUCAUCUACAUUUCAGUGAGAAACCUGUUAACUUCAGAAGAGUGAUGGCUUUGGCGUCAGCGAUAGGAAUGCUCACUUCUGUCAAUUGUGCUGAGAUUAAGUUAACUAUGAAUGGAUCAAAGAGUUCUUCUGGUGAAAAAAUUAAAAAUUAUGUGGAGAGAUCUGUUGAAGCUGCGAUUGGGCGGGUGGCAAAAUCCAUUCUUGAAUCUAAAAUUGAAAAGACACAUCCUUUGGCUCUACUAGCAAACCAAUUAAGACUGGUUGCUGAGAGGGAGAUGAAUAUAUUUUUCCCAGUGUUUCGCCAAUGGUCUCCUGAAUCUAUAAUGAUCUCAAUGCAGCAGUUGCACCGUGUUUAUGGGCAACGACUGAUUCCAUUCCUGAAGGGAGUUUCAUCUCUAUGAGAGGCUAGAUCAGUACUUCCUGCUGCUUUUAUGCUGGAUCAGAAACUUGGCCAGCUUUAUACUUCUGCUUUUGAGGAACAGACAGCGCACCACUCUGUCAGGCCAUAUUUGGACCAUUAUCAGAUUGAAAAAGUCGCGGGGCCAAUAAUUCUUGAUUGGGUGAUUGGUCAGCAUGCUCAUAUAUUGGAAUGGACUGGAAGAGUAUUGGAUCUUGAGGACUGGGAGCCGUUGUCAUUUCAUCAAAGGCAGGCAGCAUCGAUAAUUGAAGUUUUUAGGAUACUAGAGGAGACUGUGGAUCAACUUUUUGGGAUGAAUCUCCCUCUGGAUAUCACACAUUUACAAGCCCUUCUAUCUAUAGUAUUUCACAGCUUGGAUGGGUAUUUGUCAAGAGUGCUCAACCAGUUAGUUGAGAAGAAUCAUCUCUAUCCAUCAGCCCCUCCUUUGACUCGUUACACUGAGACAGUUAUUCCUAUAAUUAAGAAAAGGUUGAAUGAGUACACAGUUUUAGAAGACAAUGUGCUUGAUAGAUUGAAUGAAUUGACAAUACCUAAACUCUGUAUCCGGCUGAACACCCUUCAGUAUAUUCAGAAACAGGUUGGCCUACUUGAAGAUGGCAUUCGAAACUCUUGGGCACUUGUGAGGCCAUCUCUUAAUCAAGGACAGGCUAAAGAAGAGCCUGUGGAGAUUUUGGAGAGUGAUUCACUAACACAUCAUGAAGCAGUAGAUGAACUCUUUGUAACCACCUUUAACAUCAUAAGGGAUACUGCUAAAGAUACUGGCAGAAAGAUUUGUGACUUGAUUGGAACAAGAGUUGUGUUUUGGGAUCUUAGAGACGUGUUCCUGUUCCAUUUAUAUCGUGGCAAUGUUGAAAGUGCUCGCUUGGAAAAUUUCCUUACCGACUUUGACACGUUGAUGAUUCUGUCAGAGACUUUUGGUUUAAGUGUAUAUCAGGCUUCAUUGGAAGGAUUUGUUUGGGUAUUGCUUGAUGGAGGCCCUUGCCGUGCCUUUUCUGAUUCAGAUAUCAUCCUUAUGGAAGAAGACCUUGUGAUGCUGAAGGAAUUCUUCAUUGCUGAUGGAGAGGGCCUUCCUCGCUCAUUAGUUGAACAGGAAGCAAAAUUUGCCGAACGCAUUCUUCAAAUGUUUUCUCUUCAGACUGAAACUGUUAUUCAAAUGCUGAUGACUGCAAGUGAGCUCAUUUCAAUGGGACUAGAUUCAAACAAACAUGACCAUUUGCAUUUGGGAGAUGCUCACACUUUAGUACGAGUAUUAUGCCACAAGAAAGACAGGGAGGCAUCAAAGUUCUUGAAAGUGCAAUAUCAGCUACCACUGUCUUCAGAUUAUGAUGAUGCUGCAUCAAGGGAUUCAACCUCGAGAUCACCUCUUAUAUCAGAUGUUCUAAAGCGAAGCACCUCGAUUCACUGGACCAAGAAAGGCCAAAGUGGUUUAAAGUCAAUGAAGAAGAAACUUCAAGGCGCAACAAACGAAAUCCGAAAUGUGGCAAGGUAAUGUAGCUUCAGACUGGUGUUUUUAUAAAUGCUUUCAUAAGUCUUCCUCAAAUUUCAAUAGAGCAUUUUGUAGCUGUUUCCUUGUGCUUGGUAACAAGUUAGUCCUCAAAAUCCAAUUUUUUUUGUGGUUCGAUACAAGUAAAAGGUAACAUUAGUUAGGCCACAUGUAAACAACUGGCCUGAGAAUGUAAUGCUGUCGGCACAAAUUCAUGUAAAUCUACCCAGACAAAUUCAGAACACUAAGAGGCCCCUGAUAACUAGGUAUCAUGUUUUGUUUUAAUAGUGAUUAAAUUGGAAACAAAUGUUCAUUUCCUGUUUUUUUUUUUUUAAUAUUUUACCCCCC